AUGGACGCCCUGCCUCUGCUCCUCUACCUGUGCGCAGUGCUGGCACCGAGCCAUGGAUUCAACGUGGACGUGGAGGGACCCAUCACCUUCCAGGCGGCAGCAGAGGGGUUUGGGCAGAGCAUGUUGCAGUUCAGGAGUGCCAGCGCCGGGGGGCUGAUCAUCGGGGCCCCGCUGCAGACAGGAAACGUGAAUGAAACAGGCAAAGUCUACAAGUGCGACCCGGGCUCCAGACGCUGCCAGGAGAUCCCCAUCCAGAGGUCCCCGGAUGCCAUGGACAUGUCCCUCAGUUUGUCUCUGGCUGCCCAAGGCUCCCAGUUCCAGGUGUGCGGCCCCAUGGUGCAUCAGGCCUGUGGGGAGCACAAGUACGUCAGUCACUACUGCUUCCCUCUGCAGCAGAGCUUCUCGCAACUCCAGCGCAUCCCGGACACCCAGCCAGAGUGCCCCAAACAUGUCACAGACAUAGUGCUCCUCCUCGACGGCUCGGGCAGCAUCGCACCUGUGGACUUUGGAAAGAUGAAGAUGUUUGUCUCUGAGAUCAUGAAGCGUUUCCGCAGCAUCGACAUGCAGUUCGCCCUCAUGCAGUACUCCAAUAACUUUAAAUUGCACUUCGACUUCAUGGAGUACAGGGGGAGUCGUGACCCUGAUCACCUUCUCCAGGGGGUUGAGCAGCUUUAUGGAAUGACGUACACGGCCACAGCUAUCCGGAAAGUGGUGCGGGAGUUGUUCACCUCUGGGAGAGGCGCUCGGGGUGAAGCCACCAAGAUUCUUAUGGUGAUCACAGAUGGGAAAAAAACUGGAGACAUCCUUUCUUAUUCAGACGUCAUACCUGAGGCUGAGAGAGCUGGAAUCAUCCGCUACGCCAUCGGGGUCGGCAGUGCAGGCCAACGGGAGUUCCAGGAGAUCGCCUCUGAGCCCACCAGGAAGCAUAUCUUCGGGGUGGACAAUUUCGACACCCUUAAGUGCAUUGAGACCCAGCUGCAGGACAAGAUCAUCAUCUUAGAAGGUUAUUCAUCUCAGGUCAUCACAGCCAAUGGGCAGAGCAUCUACAUGGUCGGGGCCCCUCUAUGCCAAGGCACCGGCAAAGUCAUCCUGUUCAGCCGAGAUACCAAGGGUGGGGAAUGGACACCCGGAUCGGAGCUGUUGGGAGAGCAGGUAUGGGGAGCGUUACAGAUAAUGUGGAGUCUGGGUAUUGGCUCGUAUUUCGGGAGUAUACUGUGCACUGUGGACCUCGACAGAGAUGGGAACAUGGACCUGGUUCUAAUCGGAGCCCCUUUGUACCAUACACCUCUGAAUGGAGGACAGGUCUAUAUCUGCCCGAUUAACUUGCCGGGGACGAAGAUGAUCUGCACCAAGACACUACAUGGGCAGACGGGGGAAGUGUCUGGGCACUUCGGGGCCAGUAUGUCUGAAAUUGGGGACAUCAGCGGGGACGGACAGACGGACGUGGCCAUCGGGGCUCCCAUGGAGAAUGACAAUCAUGGGGCCUUGUACAUCUUCCAUGGGGAAAAGGGAGGCCUCAGUCCCCAGUACAGACAGCGCAUCAAGGGGUCACGGUUUCCCAGCAGGCUGCACUACUUUGGCCAGGUUGUCAGUGGCGGGACAGAUCUGACGGGGGACGGACUGCCGGACAUCGCGGUGGGGGCACAAGGGCAGGUCCUGCUGCUGAGGUCCCGGCCGGUGCUCAGAGUCAGUGUCUCCAUCAGCUUCCAGCCUCCAACCAUUCCCACCUCGGCCUUCAACUGCCAGGAGCAGGAGCAGCUCAGCACAGAGGCCAGCAGUGCAAAUGUCUGCUUCACCGUCACUAAGAGCACCAUGGACAGCCUAGGUGACGGGAUCUUCAGCACCAUCCAGUACAGCCUGGCCCUGGACCCCGGGCGGACGAAGAUCCGAGUCGCCUUCAACUCCACCGGCCCUGUCCUGAGCAGGGAGCUGCGACUCAGCAUUGAGAAGAAAUGUGAGACGUACGGGAUAAUGUUACCUCUCUGUCCCGAAGACAUUCUGGCCCCCAUCACCCUACGCUUCAACUACACCCUGACGGGGGAGCCCAUCGCUGCCGCCGGUGGCCUCAGACCCAUCCUGAGCGAGGACUCCAUGCCAGUGUCUGCAGGCUCGCUCCCGUUUCAGAAGGACUGCAGCAUGGAUGGCCGCUGCGAUGACCAGUUAGCAGUCUCCUUCAAUUUCUCUGGCUUGAGCACCCUGGUGGUGGGGGUCACCCCUGAACUCAACAUCACCGUCUCCAUCCAGAAUCACGGGGAUAAUUCCUACAGCACCAGGGUGCAGUUCUUCUACCCGGCCGCGCUGUCCUACCGCCGGGUCCUGCUGCUCCAGUCUAACAGGAGGGCCAUGGCCAUUAAGUGCAGCUCAGCAGAGGGCUCAGAGGAACAAUCUCAAAGGAACAGCAUCUGCCACAUCAACCACCCCAUCUUCUGGAGCGGGGCCGAGGUCAUCUUUGUGGCCACUUUUGAUGUCUCCUCUGAGGCCGACCUGGGAGACAGGCUGCAGAUCACGGCAAACGCCAGCAGUGACAAUGGCGGCCUGAUCACCGAGAGCAUAAUUCAACAGGAGAAGCUGCUGGUCAAGUACGGCAUCCUGAUCAUCCUCACCAGCCUGAAGGAGUCGACCAAGUACGUCAGCUUCUCCGCCAAGGAGGCAGGGACAAGCGUGCCAGUGACACAUGCGUACAAGGUCAAGAACCUGCAGCACCGAAGCGUCCCCAUCUCGGUCACGUUCCAGUUCCCCGUGGAGCUGGGAGGGAUCCGGGUGUGGGACGCCUCUGAGGUCGUCCCCUCCAAGCCCGAGCUGGUUCAGUGCAACAGUGAGGUGGAAACACCCGGUUCAAAGGACUUUGUGAAGCAGAUGAGCGAUCGCCCCCUGCUGAACUGCUCCGUGGCCACCUGUAAGAAGAUCCGGUGCAGAAUCACCUCCCUGGAAAUGCAGCAACCACUGGAGUUUAUGAUCAAAGGGAACGUCAGCUUACAGUGGGUCUCCCAGACACAGCAGCAGAAAGUGAGUCUGGUGAGCGAGGCCCGGAUUGAAUACGAGGAGAAGAAAUACACCCAGAAGGAGGGAUUCGUCCAGCGCCAGGUGCAGACGGUGGUGGAGCUCUCCGAGGCCUAUAACUACCUGCCCAUCAUUGUGGGCAGCGGCGUGGGGGGCCUGGUCCUGCUGGCUCUCAUCACCGCAGCCCUCUACAAGCUCGGCUUCUUCAAGCCCCAGUACAAGCAGAUGAUGGAGGAUGCUGUGGAAGGCGAGGGGUCUCGCCUGACCCAGAGUGCAACCACUGGCAACCCCCCUGCUUCUGAUACCCCCAAACAAUAG